AUGCAGAUUCUCACGGUUCUGCACACAGCGCUGCUCGCUACAGCUGUGGCCGGCAACACUAUCAACACAACUACUCUUUUCAGCAGAAAUACCGUAAUAACAAAUCUCGGCAAGAUCCAAGGCGUCGCGCAGAUUUUUGAUGGGAAACGCGUCACUGCGUUUCUCGGAGUGCCCUAUGCUGGACCGCCGAUAAAUAAGCGACGAUUUACCGAGCCAGUGAUGAUCCGUCCAUGGGCAGGUGUGUUGGAUGCUACAAAGCCAUCUCCAGCCUGUUACCUUACCAUGGACGCAACAUUUCCGAAUUUUACUGGAGCAGAGAUGUGGAAUCCGCAAAAUGGCAUAACCGAGGACUGCCUAAAAAUGAAUAUCUGGGUACCAGAGAAACAUAACGGUAGCGUUAUGGUAUGGAUCUUCGGAGGUGGCUUCUUCAGCGGUUCACCAUCGUUGGAUCUUUACAAUGGGACAGCGUUGGCAGUCUUGAAAGAAACCAUUGUUGUGAAUAUAAACUAUCGGCUGGGCGCUUUCGGAUUUCUUUACCUGGGUGAAAUGUCGUCUGCACCAGGAAAUAUGGGUUUACUAGACCAACAAGUUGCCUUGAGAUGGGUGCACGAAAAUAUAGGUUCAUUUGGUGGUGAUCCGUCAAAAGUUACUCUGUUCGGUGAAUCAGCCGGUUCCGCGUCAGUAACGGCUCAUCUAGCGGCGCCGUAUAGUUAUCCGUACUUCAGUCGAAUUAUUGGGAAUAGCGGAUCGAUAAUGAACAGUUGGGCCACGAAAACCCCCGAGGCGAUGUUCAACCUGUCUAUGAAACUCGCUGAGCGUGUAAAUUGUACCAAGAAAGGAUUCGAUGAGGAUGCUGUGCAUUUAUGUUUAACGUCUCUUCCAGCAAGUGUUAUUCAAGAGGCAGCCGACAAUGUGACGUACGAAACAAGCCUUCCGAUGACUUUUGGAUUCGUACCCAUCAGUGCUGAUCGGAAUUUCUUCAAGGGAGAUGUUUUCGAUCGUCUGCGAGAUGGAAAAAUCAAGAAAAAUGUGGACGUUAUACUUGGUACCGUAAAAGACGAAGGAACCUAUUGGUUACCGUACUAUUUGAGUGAAUAUGGAUUCUCGUUCAAUCAUACACUCCCUGCCAAUGAUUCAAAGAACGAAGCGCUGAUAACGAGGACGCAAUACCGGAAGUCGAUCCAAACAUUCAUGCCGUAUUUUGAGGGAUCACCUCUUGUUGAGAAUGCACUUUUAUACAGAUAUCAAAACUUUUCGAACAAUGCAACUAUGGAUCAGAAGUUACGCGACGGUGUUGGACAAUUUAUCGGCGACUACUUCUUCACCUGUAGUGUCAUUGAUUUCGCUGAUGUAAUCUCACGCAUCAUUAAAGGGCCUGUGUACAUGUAUUAUCUAACUAUGAGAUCGACAGCAAAUCCAUGGCCAAAAUGGAUGGGAGUAAUGCACGGGUAUGAAAUAGAAUACGAGUUCGGACAACCCUUUUUGAGGCCAGAACUCUAUGACAAGGAUUACUUAGAGACCGAGCAACGUUUCUCAAAAUAUGUCAUGCGGUUAUGGAUGAAUUUCGCCAACACCGGUGUUCCCGGAAAAUCAUGGCCGAAGUACGAUGUAAAUGGACGGAAAACACUUGUGCUCGGUGAAAAGUCUACGAAUCGUACACGAGAUAUCAUUUUCGAUGUUGAUGGACCAAACUGUAGACUCCUCGAAGAGGCAAAAGCUCAUGCUGGUCACGGAUUCACUUUGAAGAAGUACAUCGAAAGGAAACUGAAGAAGCAAAAAACUUAA